GGAGGUUGGGGGGGCUCGCGUGCGCCGCUGCUGCCGCCGCCGCUGCUGCAGGGAGGAAAGAUGAAUGGAAGGACGGAUUUUGGGACAGAACAGAGUGCAGAAGUCUCACCACCAAUCUCUAAUGUAGGAAUGGCUUAUAUUCCAACAGAAGAGGAAAGGAAAGCCUUCAUUGAAUGCAAUCAAGAGAGCUUCUGGUUCAGAUCUCUUCCGUUUUCUGCAACAAGUAUGUUGGUUACUCAGGGAUUAGUUGCUAAAGGAAUUCUUUCCAGUCACCCCAAAUAUGGUUCUGUUCCUAAACUUGUAUUUGCUUGUGUAAUGGGAUACUUAGCUGGAAAACUUUCUUACGUGAAAACUUGCCAAGAGAAGUUUAAACGGCUUGAAAAUUCUCCUCUUGGUGAAGCUCUACGUCUGGCACAGGAUGCUCAACUUGGAUCACCUGGAUAUCUUUCAGAAAAGUCAGAAUUUGAGCCUGCACAUUCAUCUAUUGGAGCAUCCCUCACAUCUGAAAAAAGUGAAAAAGAAAGUUCCUUUCCUCUUUAUGAACCAGUCCCAUUCAGUGCUUCCUUGAAUGAAUCAACUCCUACUGGUAUUACUGAUGAUAAUGCCCAAGGACCUGAUACAAGCACAGAAGAAAAUCUUUCUAAGAAAAAAGUUGUCACAUAUGAAGAAUUAAGGAAUAAGAACAGAGAAACAUAUGAGGUUGCCUUGUCACAAAAAAGUGACACCCCACUUAAGUCUGUGCAGGAAAGAACACCAAAAAAAGAAGGGAAAGUAAACCAAUAUGGAGAUACUUGGGAUGAAUGAAAAAUUGUGUUGUCUACUGAAGAGAGUUUGUGUUGAGUCUACUGAAGAGAAUUUCAGCUAAUCAGCAUCAUCUAGGCGGUCAUGAGCAUCUGCAAGAAAGUGCAGAAGCAGUCUCCAUAAGCAUAUUUAAAAGAAGAAAUGUGGGUUUUAGUAGUAUGGCUUAACAGAAGGUUUAAUAUUAAUUAUGGAUUUUAAGGUUAAUAUUGUAUCAGUGUACACCGCUUGGGAAACUAGAUGAAUGAAGGCAUUGGACUGUGAUUUUAUAGAGUUUAUAAAAUCAUCUACAAAAAUUGUUUAAACUACUCUCAAAGUAUCAUCAAAAGACUGAUGCACUGGAACGGGCAUAGACAGAUAAAGUACUAUAUGUGUCUUUGUGCACAUAUGGCCAAAGCAACCAAAAUGUUAAGUGUUAAAAGUCCCAUGUGAAAAAUUUGCUUUCUUUUCUUAAAAGGUUUGCCAUGUCUUCGUUUAUAUCUUGUCAAUUAAAGUUGAAAGCAAUAUGCAA